AUUAACCCACCACAAGUCCACACCUGUGCAGUGCUGUGCAGAGCUAGUCUCAGUUGGCACUCCCGGACGGCCCGGUCGCCCGCACGGCUUCGCUGCCGUGGCGGAUCCAGUCCACGGCAGCGGGCGUCGCAAGUCGCAACGCAACGAACGGCAGGGGCAGACGGAUGCGAAACACUCGGCGCGCGCGGAUCCGACGCGAGACCAGGGCAGCUAGGAGAACGGGGACAGGAGGGCCCCGCGGGCGCUAACCGCCUUGUCACCACGGCCACACACACUGCCGUGCGCGCGAUUCCCUCGUCCCACCCUGCUGAAAAAGGCCCGCCCGGAGCGCGAAUGCAUCCGUGCCGCGUCAAGCAACUCUCGGUGGUGUGGUGUCCACUGUGCAGCUCCCGUGCAGGCGUUCCGCUUUGAUGGAAACCGCCGCGGCCGUGGUGUGCCGAGGCGGCGGGCUGCGCGCGCCGGCGCGUCGCGGUGGCAGUGACAGCAGCACGACGCGCGCGGGUGGCGUUGCUGCCUCCCCGGCGCCCGCCACCACCGCGCGACGGAGGCCGCUGCUCGUCGCGUCGCUCGGGGAGCCCCUCAUCACGGCGCAACCCUUGUCGUCGUCCCUGGGAGAUGGCGCCGCGGUACACGAGACGCUGGCUCGCUCCGAUUCGGUGAUCCCGUCGCUGAAGCCGUCUCACUGCGUUGAUCACUCGGUCCAGGUUGACGCCGACGAGGAGACCGGCUCCACCAAGACACUCCCACCUCCUGAUGACGUUCCUACGAAGACAGUGCACGUCAAAUUCGUGCUGCAAAAGCGGUGCGCGUUCGGGCAGCGCUUCCUCGUCGUCGGCGACGUCGCGGCGCUCGGUCUCUGGAAUCCGGCGAAGGCGGCUGCUCUGGAUUGGUCCGAAGACCACGUGUGGACAGUGAAGAAGGAAUUGCCAGCAGAAAGAUCGAUCGAGUUCAAGUUCUUGCUGCAAGAUCGAUCGGGACAUGUCGAAUGGCAGCACGGUCGUAACAGAAUACUGCAUGUAGCUGACACCUCGAACACCUUGAUUGUCUGCGAGGACUGGGACGAGGCGAAGAAUCAGCAAGUAUCAGAAGAGAUUGGUGACGCAGAUGGGAUAUUUUCAGGAAGCGAUGGCGUCUUCCAGGAAGAUGAGCUUCAACUGGGUGAAGAACAAGAGACCAACAAGGGUGUGACUGUAGGUGUGGAUGAUGCAAAAUCGGCUUUAGUCACUUAUAUUUACAGGGAAAUGAUGGGAGCAAACGACGCGAUCCAGCCACAGUUAGCAUUGGACAAACACCACAAGAUUCCAGAUGAGCUUAGUGGGGAGGCAAACAUGGCAGCACAAGAUGGCAAUCACACUGCUACUGCAGCCGCAGCUUCUGGUUUUGCUGGAAGCAACGGUGAGGAUGCCAUCUUGCACAAGGAGGGCGAUCCAGUAGAGAAUAAUAGGCUGGGGCUGGCCAGCAUUUUCUUCAAUGACAUGGCCUGGACCAGGAAAGCCCUGCAGCAGUUGCUCCGAAGCCUUGGUUUCCAAAUCGGCACGAGAAAAACAUGAAGUAAGCAUCAGAGACGCUGACCUGCAGUUUUGGCUGAUCACACGGUCUCGCGGUGCCUUCAUUCAAAACUCGAAAGCUUCUACAUGCUGCAAACCUACAAGGAACAAGUGUAUUGAGAACUGCAACAAAAAACCCUUUACGUUGCUAAGGUCUGCAACACCAGCAGUACUUGUUAGCAGUGCAAAAAGAGCAGGAAAGCUGUUAGCAGUGCAAGUAUGUUUAGGACCAGUAAUGACUAAGCUACCAAAAAACUCAAUUAGUGAAAUGCAUAUUGUGGUUAAAUUUAUCUGUUCGAUAAAUUCUGUAGAAUACAUCUAGAAUAAGAGCCAGGAAAAGCUGAAAGUCUGGAGAUUUGGCAUAACAUGUGCUCCAUAACCACAACGUAUAAGCUCAACCACAUGUACUUUAAUCCACCAGAUUUACGUUCAUUUCUCAAUCAUUUCAGUUGUAAUGCUAAUAUGCUCUUGUUCUGGUGAUCUAGUAAAAAUGAUGUCCAUGAUUUGCAAUGCUUUCUUUAAUUUACAUAAGAAAGCUGGCAGCAUUUAAAACAUGUAAACGUGAAAUAUCAGCGUGGACAUUCCACUUUAAUUAAA